GCAACCAAUCCCCCAGCAACGCCCACCACACCAACCCACAGUGGCCCAAUAAGUCCUCCAUCCAUCACGACCCUCCGUCACCAUCCUACGGCCUAUGUUGCUGUCGGUAGCAACACACACACUUGGAGCCCCCUUCUCGCUGUCCUGUGUGUGAGCAUACCUCCAGGUGCCGCAGGCCCUCGGACUUCCUCCCCUGGCCUGGGCUGGGAGGUGACGCAGCCCAACCGUCGGGAGAGCCCAUCGCCAGCAAGGCGUUGGCUAUCCCAAGCAUCCUUGGGUUAACCAUGCUGAGCCCAGGAGAAGCGGAGCCUUCGUGAGCCCCCGGACUGAGGCUUUCCUCCCCUUGGGAGCAGUGAGAAGCCCCUCGUAGGACAGCUCCAGGAAGUGCUUGGAAGGACACCUGCCCUUGCCUCAGCUUGGGAGCAAGCUUGUGUGUGGGCAGGCGCCUACAUCCCUGCAGCCCUACCAUGCAUUGCAGGUCUUACUUGUUGCUGGAAAAAGAAUUCAUGGACCUCCAAGAACAAGACCUAUUUGGCAUAACUGUGACUCCACUAAGUAAUGAUUUACUCAAAUGGCUAGCAGAAGUUGAAGGCCUGAAGGAUACAGUUUGGGAAGGAUUUACAUUCCCAUUGUUGAUGAAGUUCUCGGUGGACUACAACAAUGUCCCUCCAGUUGUGGCAUUUAGCCCUAUUCCCUUCCAUCCCAAUGUUGACCCCAAAUCUGGCCGACCAUGUAUAGAUUUUCUAGAUAGCCCUGAUCAUUGGGAUACUAACUAUACGCUAAGUAGCAUCUUACUUUCUAUUCAGGUUAUGCUUUGUAAUCCAACAUUAACCAAUCCAGUUAAUGUUGAGGCAGCAAGAGUGAUGUUAGAAGACAUGUCUUUGUUCAAUGAACUAGCCCUGAAGUCUCUCUACCACUCCAGCCCUGCAGAUGAGGAGACUGUUCCUGAAGAGAAUGCUGUGGUCAGUUUCAAGCCGUUUCAAGUAGAAGAAGAAAUGCCUAAAAAAAACAUUAAAGGAAUUUCCUUUGAUGAAUACUACAAGACAUGGUCUGGAAUUGCAACGUCACAAACAGCCAACUGUUUCAAAAUUCCAGUGUCUCACGAUCUCUCAGAAAACUACAAAAAAUGGAAAGGAAAGAGCAUAAAGUCGAGUCAAGCCUGGGAUGCAAAAUUUCACUCCAUCAUGGCUAGAAUCACUCGGGAAAAUAGGUUACCUACAAAAUUAGACAGAAGCUUAAUACAAUCCAUCAAAAAUGCACAGAUCUGCACACCAGAAACAAAUACGAAUGUUUUGAGUUCAGGAAAUAAAGAAGAAAUUGUCACAAAAAAGCGGAAAGGCAAAGAGAAGAAGAAAAAGAAGAAAAAGAAAAUUCCCAAAGAAAGUGAUGAUAUGGAUGAGUCCUGGGAAAAAGAAGUGGAGAACCUGGUAGCCUGGACCAAUGAACUCAACACAACCACAUUAGAAGACUGAGCUUCACACACAUGGCGAAGGAAGAAUUCCCCUCUGCCCUCCCCAGGGUCAGGGCACUUUGUGCAGCCUGCUGCGCCUGCCGGUUCUGGUCCUUCUGAAAUCCUCUUCUCAUCCUGCUCAGCAGAAGCAUCAAAAUACAGAUGAAAGUCAUUGGAGACACAGAACUGAAUAGCAAUUUGCUUCAGUGUUUUGUACUAAGAGUUGUAGAGAAAUUAGAACUGUCAUUGGUGCUGUUUUUGUUCAGGGCACAUGGUUCAAAAUGCAGACUCGUUUAACUGGGGGGAUGAAGAGAGCCAGGGACACCACCCCAAUGACAGGAGAUGAAGAGCCCUGGAUACCCUGGGGAAAUGGGACCUGCUACAAGGUGGGGCAAUGAGAAGAACAGAUUAAUGGAUGAGUCCUGCUAACUAGAUUUUAAGCUCUGUUAUUUCUAUGCUACUAAAAUGUAUCGCAAUUUAGGGGAAGGGUGGGGAACACCUGGUAGGAGUGUCCCCCUUGAGACUUUGGGCCAACAUGAGAACAUUGGGCAUCUGAGAAGAGAAACUGUAGGAGGCAGAAGAGGAUUACAGAGAGGGAAGUGGGAGAGUGCUCAAAACCAAUUUUGUUUUGUUAAAAUUUGACCUGAAGUCUAUCCUCCUGGAAAGGAAGAGGAAAUUCUCUUCUUCCUCCUUUCUGUACAACAUGCUCCCAGCUCCUACUCCUGGGAUCCAGAGAUAAGGUUAAUAUAUGAAAAUUAUAACUGCAGUUCUGCUACUGGGAACCUAACCCAUGUUAGAAAUGUCAUUCCUAUGGGGAAAUGUGUUUUAAGUUUCAAAUGAGCAACUUUCAGACUGUUUUGGAUAGCACAGCCCUGCAGGAUGGGAGACCAUUUGUUCUCAAUUCACUUCAAUUUCAAUUCAAAUGAGAGAAUAGAAAUGAAUUCCUAUAAAUCAUAGGAUGAGAAAAGCAAAGUAGCCUUAAUGCACUGCAAUGAUCAGUCAUCUCUAUUCCACAUUUCCAAAUACGAGUCUAUGAUCCAGUGUUUAAACUUAUGCCAAUUAUUUCGAGGGCAAAUGAUACAAAUAUAGUUUUACGUCAAAAAGGACCAAUGACAUCAUCUGCCAUUGCGUCAAUUGUAUGGUCUAACUACAGAAAGGAAUGUCAGUGGAUUUAGCACAGUCAUGAGAAGAAGGCAUUUUAUUUGUCUCUGACGGUAUCAGAUAGUCUUUUUUUAUACUUACAAUCUCUCAUCUCUCACCCAUCUACUGGAGUAUUCAGUUUGGAGGCUGUCUUUAAUCUGAUUUCAGCUUUUCAUUCACAUUCUUGGGGUCCCCAUGGAUAUUGGCUCCUGGUUCUGCUCCA